AUGAAUGUUUCUGGGAAGAUGGAAUACAAGGUCAGGAGAAAUGAGCCGGCAGUAAAAGGACCCAUAACAUUUGAUGCAAACAACACUAUCAUAAUUUCUCCUGUGAACUUCCAUGCUCAAAAUUGGAGGUAUGCAGCAAAGCAGUUCGUGAAGGCUUAUCCAGAUGAUGUUUUAGUACAUUCUAAUCUCGAUGAACAUGAUCAAUCUCGACGAAGGGGAGUUGUUGCAGGGCUCGAACCUGUGAACUUCAUUACCUUUGCAAUGCCUCAUCUUGGUUCGAGGGGGCAUAAACAGGUUCCUGUUUUCUGUGGUGUCUACACCAUGGAGAGACUAGCAACCCGUGCUUCGUUUCUACUUGGUAGAACGGGUAGGCAUUUGUUCUUGAGUGAUUCGGAUGAUGGAAAAUCUCCAAUUCUGCUCAGAAUGAGCAGUGAUUCUGAAGACCUAAAGUUUAUGAGUCUUUAUCUAUCCGCGUUGGCGUUGCAGUCAUUUAAGAGGCGUGCAGCCUAUGCAAAUGCACGUUUUGACAAUAUUGUGGGGUGGAGUUCAUCAUCACUGCGUCGUCUGAGUGAGCUCCCAAAGUGCCGGAGUCUUGAGAGAAACGCUAAAUACCCCCAUAUCGUCAACGAGGAGAAAGCAAACUUCGUCAUCAGCCCUCAAGGAGAAGUUCCACUGGAAAUCAAAGCUGCUAGAGGCAGGACAAAGGAUAUGGAAGAGACGAUGAUCAGAGGGCUGACUAGGCUGAACUGGGAACGAGUCGAUGUCAGCUUCACCGGAAGUAUGCAAUGGCUUCUUGCACACAGCACAAUUCAGGUUAAAACUCAAGGUAUCAAUUCUGAGGGCGCGGAUGUCAUACAGCAUAUGAUCGAUAACUUUGUAUUGUGAGAGAUUGUAUCGAGCCAUGUUUGUGUGCAGAUGAUUGUCGGGCAACGAAG